AUGUCUCAAGCCUCGUCAAGUGCGGAAGUGCCAGGCUCUCAGCAGCACCCCCCGCCCGUGCCAACCUCUAAACCUCCACCUCUGCCGACCACCACUGCACUCGUGGUGGCAGGCGUCACUCGCAAACAGAACAUCGCCUGCGACCAAUGCAGAACCAAAAAGAUCAGAUGUCUGAGAGCAGACAAGACUGAGAUUUGCGUGCAGUGCAAAGCCAAGGCUUCAGAGUGUACCAGUGAAUACAUUGAUUCUCUAGCAAACAAGAAGAAGAAACUGGACGACGACAGUAGCUCCUCCAAGCGAAAGAGAAAGAAGAAGGAAGAUGAGUCUCCUCGUCAAGCGGCAGCCAUACUUGCACCGGCACCCCACCAGAGACCCGAGCCAAGCAGGAAUGUCAGCGCCGAAACACUCAGGGGCCAUACACCUUUCUCCUCUAUAAGAGGCGACAUGUCUGCUGGCCUCAGCAUAGUCCCCGUGAACCAUGGUUCAGGAAGUGAAUCUGCUGCCAACAGCACAGAAGAUUUCGUCCAGAUAGCCGACUCUCUACGUCAACUCGCUCAACCAGAACCUUCGAUGCCCCAGAACUCCUCCUAUACCCUCCCUUCUCAAGUACCGCUUCCUCCUACGACUAUAGCGUCCUUUACCCAACAACCAUCCCCAUCCGAAAAGCAGCAGCGCCUCUUCCGGUAUCUCUUCUCUGCCCAUCCGGUACUGUCUGGCGAGCUUGGGUAUAUCGAUACCUCCAGUAUUGAGCAAUGCGCGCGAUGCGAAUCUGAUCUUUGGGAUGAGAUGGGUGGCAUGGUCUGGGAAGAAGGCCCCAGUGCUGCACACGCCUCCAUGGAUGAUGAUGCGUUGGACAAGUUGGUAGAAGAACUCAUAGAGCAAUACUUUUCCACUGUACAUCCCCGCUAUCCUUUCGUCGACCCUGCCACCUUCCACGCCCGCCUAUACACUCCCAAUACCCACCCCGAAGGCGCACUUCCCCAUCCCUUGCUGGCUACCGUCAUCGCUUGGGGCGCUAGAAUGAGUGACUGUGAGCUCAUCCAAGCUGACAGAGAGGAGUGUUCAGCAAGGGGGGUGCAGGAAGAGGGCAGGAAAAGAAGCCGAUUAGUUCAGGUUGUCAGCAUCAGGACGAGGGAGGUAUGUGAGAGUCGGAAGAUCUGGAGAUGGGCGAGCAUGGAUAAUGUGAGGGCUUUGUUGAAUUUGGAGGGGGUUUUGGGGCAUAUCAAUGGCGUCGCAGACUAUCAAGCAACCUAUGCGUCAGCGGCUGUCAAACAUCUCAUUUCCUUUGGAUAUCACUCGACGAAAGGUGUGAUGACUAUAAAAGAUAGCAAAGAGCGAAGCGACACAAUCCACAUAUUCUGGCACGUCGUAUCGAAUGACGGUUACCGAGCAGUGUUUCAACAGAUGAAGCCCUCUUUACUCGACGAAGACUACGAUUUGGAACCACCUGGCAAGAAUGUAGAUUUCCGGAAAGUCACAUACAUCGAUGAACCCAUAAACGAACUCGCCUGGUUCUCGGCUGUCGAGAACGGUGCUUCAAUCUGCCGCGCCCUCGCCCUCUCCCUCUCGUCCCCUCUAACACACACCCGGGGCAUUCCCCUCACCCUCUUACGCAACUUUAUACACGCCGCAGAUGCCUAUCAAGAAACCUUCCACCGUAUUCUCCAUCUCUCUUCCGACUGGCCCGAAGACUUUUUACAAGUGAUCAGGGCGUGUGCGCAUGAUACGUCGUAUCACGCUCUAUGGCUGGUAGUACAACGCGCGGUGGCAGAGUAUGGGGUUGAGGAUGAAAAAGAGCCGGGGCAGGGAAAGAAAGGGUUCAGUGGGAUGGGGGUGGGAGCGGAGGUAGAGGGUGUGAAGAAGAGGAUACAGGGUGAGAGUGAGCAUGCGGCCCUGAGGAUCGCUGCAACGGUGGCAGUGUUGAUGGAGAACGGGUACUUGCGAUCAGACCCACUGAUAAUCAACCAACCCAUAUACGAAGCGGGCCUCUACCUCGCUAAGCACGGCAAAGUAGAAUGUCUUGCGUGUAUAGUGGGGUUGAAGCAGUACUCGACGACGUUCCCAGCCAUCUGGUCCCAGGUCAAGGAAUUGGAGCGAGUGUAUGAGAACCAAGUGGCACAGGAUCCAUCUGUGGGGCAGGUGGGUACCCAGACUGAGCCGAAUGAGCAGCAGAAGCAAGCACGGCUUGAAGAGGGCGUUAAUGAGAUAUGGCAAGACAUGCCACGAACGUUUUGGUAG